AUGACCAAACCACCCCCGGUCCCUUACCCCGGUUGUUUACUUCGACAAAAGACCGACGAGCAAUUCACUAAGUUUGUGAGCUUGCUUAAACAACUUCACAUUAAUCUCCCUUUUAUGGAAGUCCUCACUCAAAUGCCAAAAUACUCCAAAUUCAUGAGAGACUUCCUCACUCACAAAAGAAAGAUUGAAUCCAUUCAACAAGUCACCCUAAGUGAAGAAUGCUCGGCGGCACUCCUCAACAAGCUCCCGCAAAAGAAGAUUGAUCUCAGAAGCUUCACCAUUCCUUGCUCCAUUGGUGGAUCACCAAUAAGCAAUGCGCUAGCUGACUUGGGGGCUAGCAUUAAUCUAAUGACGACCUCUAUUUUCAACCGACUAGCGGUAGGUAAGCCACAUCCUACAAAGAUGAGCAUACAACUUGCGGAUAGAUCGGUAAAAUACUCUCAAGAUGUCAUAGAAAACCUAUUGGUAAAGGUCGGAGAAUUUGUUUUUCCGGCCGACUUUGUUAUCUUAGACAUGGAAGAAGACACCUACACUGAAAUCCCACUCAUAUUAGGACGACCCUUCCUUGCCACCGCACGAGCAAUGGUGGAUAUGAGUGACGGAAAGUUAACAUUGAAGGUUGGUGAAAAAGAGAUCAAGUUUGAAGUGGGGCAGCGAGAAGAGGAUUAUCCGGUCAAAUACCUCAAAGCGAUUGACUCAAGCCUAGACGACACUCUAUAA